AACAGGAGCACAGACUCUCACCUGCCAUCAUGUUCACGUGUCUGUGGCAAUUGUGGGAUUGGCUGGAUCCUCCGCCACUCUUCACCACCGCCACGAUGGAGAACAAGAAGUUGCAGCAACUACAGCAAGCCAAUGCGCACAUGGCUGCACAAUCGAUGCCCCAAACCAAGGCGCCAUCAUAUCACACGGCAGCAGGUGAUUAUCGACCACAGCACUCGCCAGUCUUCCAGAAUCACCCGCAAUAUCAGAGUCUGUCGUCGAACUUCGCGCAGAUCAACAUGACGACUCAUCAGCCGCCACAUCUUCACGUGAAGCCCAUUGGGUCUAACGCCCAGUACGGCGGAACGGGCUUCAGCCAGGCUCAGUCUCCGCCGCAGCAUCUCAACCACUAUCACGGCGAGCAGCUGUACCAGAACAACACCAGGGAGAGGGUGUAUGGGCAGACGCCACUGAGGCAACACUUUGCCCAGGCUCACCAGCACAUUAAUCCCUCGACGCAGCUUCAGCAGCAGUAUCAGCAGCUGCAGCAGGCAAAGCUGCAAGCUCAGUUGCAGACCCAGAGUGAUGCUCUGUUGCAGCAGCAGCGCACUUUUGCCAUGCGACAGCAGCUCAAUCCACCGAUAGCACACUACCAUAUGCAGAGUCAGACGUCUCUGAAUCAGAUCCCCGUGCAGGUGCAGCCACAAUCUCAGUCCAUGCAUCGAAGUGCCCCGCCAUCGAGUCUCAAUCUGACUAAUCAAUUCCAGCCAGCAGGAACUGGAAAGCUUCCACCGGACUCGCACUAUGGGACAACGCAAUCUCUUGGGAGUCAAUUAUCUCCUCAAUCAACUCUAAUGAAUGCUGCUUUGCUGCAAAACCACAAAGCCCAGAGUCAGGCAAUCUACCAGCAGAAUCAACUCAUACAGCAGCAAAUGAUUCAGAACAAGUUGCAAUUGCAGCAUCAGCUGAAGAGUCCGCAGGAUCAGAUUAUUAUACAGCAGAAUAAUCCGGGAUCGGUGAUGAAUCAGGCUUGUCAAACUCAGAUCUCAGGCCAAGUGCCGAAGGGGAAGCAACUACAGAAUGCCGAUAAGACACCAUCACCUUCCCACGCGCCACUGGAUAGGAAGAAGAGUGGUGGCACACCAAUCGCCCUGAAAUCCCCCAUAACCAAGCGUCACGCCUCGUCUCCCGUGACAUUAUCAGGCUGGCUAUACAAGCAAGGCUCAGAUGGACUGAAAGUGUGGCGAAAGCGAUGGUUCGUCCUAUCUGAGUAUUGCUUAUUUUACUACAAAGGCCCCGAAGAGGAGAAACUGCUGGGCUCAAUUCUUUUGCCGUCUUAUCGCGUGGCCGCAUGUUCGCCUGAGGAUAAGAUAUACAGAAAGUUCGCCUUUAAGUGCGAACACGUCAACAUGCGCACAUAUUGGCUGUCUGCCGAGACAGCAGAAUCAAUGGGUCAGUGGAUUAGGGCUCUGAUUGCCGCCACAAUGAUGCAGUGCAGCAGUGAGUCGGAUCAGACGCCUCAGCCCAGCGUGUCAUCGUCACAGAAUCCGAGUGGCGAGAACAGUGACUCGGGCAUUCACACGUAUCAGAGCCAGCAGAGCAAGAUGAGUCUCCCUGUUGGCCAUGGACCUCUGACGCCGGCGUCCGAUGGCAUGGGCGGCGGAAGCAGUGCUGGAGGAAGUGCAACCGGCGGAGGACCUCAGCCUCUCUACGCCAACGCCCCGCCCAAGCCAAAAAGAGCAAACGACGGAGGAUACUCAUCGCCAAGUCCUGAACAUUCAGUGGAAAGAUAUGAUGGAAAUUUCGAAGCGCAUCAUUUGGAUGCGAAUCAGAGGCGAAUGGAUGUGAAGUCUCCGCUGAGCCAUCAAUCGCCCGAUUCGCUGUAUGAAGUGCGUCGGCAAAUGACCAAGUCACCGGAUCCAGCCCUGGCAUCGCGGAUGCAACAAGUGCGGCUGGAGGGCAGUAAAUCACCGAAUCCCGGACAGCAAGUGAGAUCGCCGUAUCCGGCUGAGAGUGGCUAUGGUCAGGAGUUGAGUCAGAGUCUGCUGAUGCGACAGCCCAUGGAGGAAGUGUACGGCGGUCGGGAGAACAUCAUCAGAGCGCCACACAGAUUUGACGACUUCACAGGCAGACAGAUUUACGGCGAGACCGCGGAUCGGGAGAUGCAACUGAGGAUGGCGCAGCAGAAGUACCAUCAAGCGCAAGUGGCGGGUCAGCAGGCGCUGUAUCCCAACAAUGAGCGUCGCACGCCCGACACAUACGGACGCUCGAGAUCCGGCCAGGGUGAGCGCCGGAAUUUCUCCGACUACGAAGAUAUCUACAAUCUGCAGCAGCAAGCGCUGGGCGAUUUGGGCUCCUACAGGCGUCCCAUGAGUCCCAUCGGUUACCAGAAUGCCAGCAAGAGUGUGUCCGGUCGAUAUACACCGAAUUAUCUCGAGCCCAACACGGCCGCCCAGCAUGUGCAGAUGCGCGCCCGUCCCGUUCAGUCCACUCUCAUGCCCAGACCUCAUUCUGCGGACUUUCUGGAGUACGAGGCGAGGAAUGCCGAAGCUGCCCAGAUGCAAGCUGAACCGGCACGAGCGCCACGGCCAAAGUCCAGCUUGGACAUCAAUCGUGGUCCGGAUUAUUACUACUCGGAGGCGAGCUAUGCUGAGAAGCUGCGACAGAGCGCUCUGUAUCAGGCCAAGCCUGCCACGAUGCCGCUGAGAUACACCGGCAAUCCCUUCGCCGCUGACAUGGCGGUCAGCACGAUGCCCAGAGAGGCGGAGUACGGUCAGUUUGGACAGCGAGCGUACAGGCAGCAGCUGCAGAAGGGCUUCCUGAGUCCGCAGCAGGAUCAGUUCCUGCGGUCGGCCAGUGCGAGACUGCCCAGGAAGGAGGAGGAGGCCAAUGGCAGGGACAGUGAGCGCCGGCGGGAGGAGUCGAUGAAGAGGCUGCUGGAGUGGAAGCAGCGAAUGCUCCAGUCGCCACUCACGCGCAAAGGUGCCACUCUGUCUGCCACCUCGACCAUGACUCAACCCAAGUCUCCGGUCCCAAUGAACGCCGGGCUCCAGAGGAGCCGAUCAGAGACCCACGCCAAUGCCGGCUACAACAGCUACUCAUCAGACGACGAAGAUGGGGCUCACUUUUCGCCGGCAGGAAGGUCGUCAUCCCCUCGAACCUUGUCCUCUUCUUCUGCACUCGUGUCGCAAAAUGUCCAAAAUCCCCCGGUUGCGGUAUCACAGGCAAAUAGUUGCAAUAGCAGUAGAGUAUUGCCACACAGUGACGACACAUGUCCGUCGCCAGUCACAUAUACGCCCGUCUAUGCCCAGAAAUCCGUCACAGACACACUUUUUAGCACCCGAACUGACCCACCAUCCUUCGGUGGGUCCCUGCUGAGGCGCCAGCAGGGCGACAGUGAGACGUGCGUAGAUGGUGAUGAGAAGGAGGAGGAUCAGAGAACGUCUGAAUGCUCAGAUGAGAAGCAAACUCCGCUCACUGACGAAGUAGCUGCGCAAAUUGACGAUAGCAGCGGUCCCAGUGACACAGACAAGGCCUUUGAGUACACUGAUGAUGAUCUGGACGAGGCUCUCUUGGCCGAAGUUGAUCCUGGAGAAGCUAGAGGUGAACUGGAAGAGCCCAAGACACCCACAAAUCCCAUUCCUGAUGCCGAAGACUUCGGAGAGGGUCACUAUCUGCCCAUGACUCCGAAGAAGUCACUUCUCAGCUCGAGUGCUUCAGAGAGUAGUAUUGUGAAGACUCUCACUUCAGUCUCAGGGGACAAUUCGGACGAGAACACUUAUGUUGAGAUGACAAAGGGCAAGAUAGAUUCGAUCCUGGCAGACGACGUGAAGUCAAACUACGAGUUGAUGUGUCUCACAAGUAAUUCUAAGCUAGAAUCUGAACCGGUUUACAUGGAAUUGUGUCAACCUAAGUCUGGGUCUAGAGAUGCGGAAGACACCAAACCCGACAUUAGUGUGAAAAAGAGUUCUUUGAAGAAGUAUCAGAGCGAUGGUAGAAAGUUCUCCAACAGAAUGGACCUUCCGGACAUACUGAAGGCCUCGCAAAAUGUCCUCAAGAGCGACAGUUCUGAUGCCGAUGACGAAGCAUCUAAGGACUUUGAUGGAUUGGAAAUGAAGUCCAGAACCAGAUUCAGCUUAUCAGACACAUUUAGACCAGCAUCUUACUAUCUUGGAGCAAGCACUCCUCUGGCUGAGUGUGCAGAUAGCUCAGACAGUGAGAUUGCAAGUCCUCCUCCAAUCCCAACGUCACCGCCGCCCAUGGAGGAACUCAAUACCGAGGAGAUCUUCUCGUCUGAGAACUACGACACGGUCAAGCGCAAGGAGAAACAGACGCUGAAUGACUCUUUCGAUCAGAUUCCGAAGCUCAGUAGUUCGGACUUUCACUUGAACAAGACUGAGGGUCACAAGACGAGUCGUCUUAGCUUGCCGGAUCAAUUUGGUGGUAAGAAGCAGAAAAUUGACAUUGCAAUUCCGGACUACAUUUCGCUGAGCACGUACAAAGUGGAGGGGAAAAUGUAUGCUGGCUCCAUCAACAGUUGCAACACCGAUGAUGGAUCUAACACAUCUUCCGAUUAUGAUCUCUACAACAAGUUGAAGCUCGAGUCGCCGUCGUUCAGCAGUGAUGUUUUGUACAAUUCAGACACUUCGCUGCCGUCAAAGUAUCGCCAAGGAGCGCGACAGAGGAACAGCGAGAGUGAGACUGAGUCUGUGGAAUUGCGACAUUCGGGAGGUGGAAUGGUGGAUUUGGAGAUGGAGAGAAGAUUGAAGCGACGUCCCUUGUCAGAGGAUUCCUUCAGUGAGAUCGAAUCGAUAGAGAAUGACUUCAGAGAGGCUAUCAACACUGAUUUGGAUCAGUACCUGAACAAAUUGACUACCAACAAUCCCUACAUGUACAACAGUGCUGAACAAACCAACUGGCUUCAUGAGAGUCUCAGCAAGAUUGGUGACAUUCACUACAUUAAGCCGCCAGAGGUGUUUUGCUCUGAAAAUGAUACAUUUUACGAGAAUCUCAACGCCAUGAGAAAGGAUAGUUUGGAGAAGUUGAGUGACUCUUUCCAGAUUGGUCAGCUAGUGUCGCCAUCUUCGCUUCCCGUGCCUCUGAGACCCGACAGCGCCUUGUCCAACACCAAUGGAACCUACUAUGACUCCUUGGAGGAUAAACCUCAGGGUGAAGAGCUUCCAGUUGUGACAACUGAUUCUAAUGUUUCGCCUCUCAAAGAGAAGAACUUGAGCAUUCACAAUGCGAAGUGUGCUUCGGAGGAUCUUAAGUCUGAAUUUAGUCUUGAAUUGAGCAACAGUGUGACUCUGUCGUCGGCGGAUGUUGAUCAACAGAGCACUUGCACGGCUUUUGAUCUCACGAGAAGAUCUCCAGUUCACAGUCGCGGGAAUAGCAAUGUUUCCGAUGGAUCAGCGCCGUACUACUAUUCAGAUCUGGUGUCCAGAUCGAAUCAAGAUGUGUCACUAGGACAGAAACUCAAUAAUCAACGUGAUGUUGGCGUGAUGAGAAAGACAGGAAUUUCCCACAUACACAAUCCCAUUCAUCAGCGAACUCCGUCCGGAGGGAUGAUGAGGGAGAAACACCAGCACGGUCUGGUGGGUCAGGAUGGGAGAUCGAUCUCAGCGGAGAUCCUCAAUGUGGCGACAAAGGAGCAACUGAUUGACAGGCGCAAUCUGUUUGGGGUGGAGCAGCAUGAGAGCAGCAAGAUUGAGAAGAAUGUGUGCAAGGAGGGCUCCUUCCCCACCAAACUCAAUUCCAAUGAAUUCCAUAGUCGGGUCAAUAGUGGUGAGCACGAUGCUUCACGGGUGCACAAAGCUAACAACAAUAACCCACACAAUGACUCAUCAUGCAAUUCUAACCCAAUUGAUGGUACAUUUUGUAACAUGACUCCUUUGCAAUCGCCAGAUGUGUCGGCGGGUGAUCAGCUGUGGGAGGAGGACACCCUCUGGCGUGAGAGUCUGAGGCGCGUGUCGCACCGUCAUGCGCGAUCACUUGAUGAUCUGGAUAGGAUUUGUCAUGCAAAGAGACUUGUUGAGAGCAAGUCCAGAGCUCAGCUCACGCGCGAUGUGACUUAUGUGAAUGAUAAUGCGUCGAGUACGCAAAGUCGAUCGAGUUUGCGGAAGAAAGUGUAUCGCAAGAAGGCGUCCGAUCGCAAGGGUGCUCCGAAGCAGGCACCAGUCGUGCCGCCGGCUGAGAGUGACGAGAACGAUGUGUACGUGCAAUUGGCGGUGGAUGAGCAGACGGGCGAUAUGUAUGAGACGCUGCGUGACGACAGAACCACCUUCUCGCCGCGCACCAGCGACGUGGAUCGGGAGAAGAUCAGGCAGUGGGACGCAAUGUCAAGUGGCACGGCCGGGGGUGUUUUGGGCAGUCUGAGCGACACGAAGGGCACACGAGGGCAACUGAGUAGUGGAUCCGAUGCGACUGACGUUCAAGGUAGCACAUCGUCAGGUUGUAGUCGCACUUUUACGUCCAAUACAGCCAUCGGCACCAACACCAAAACGUACCAUCACCACCGAGAAAUCAUUGCUCGAUUAUUCUUCUUGAACAGUCAAUCGUGUUCAUCGCUCUCAGUGCAGAAUGUGAAGAAUGUGCAAUCGUCGGGGCUGAGUGUUAAGCCAGAUGACACACUCGACAUGCAACGCGGCAGCCACAUGAGCAAUAAUCAUGAGGAGAGAUUCCCGGGCGGCAUGGUACGUGGCGGCUACCAGCAAGGGUGGCCCAUGAAGAAGAGCACGAGUCAGAGGGAGAUUGACCAGAUGGAGCGUGAGAAUGCCAUAAGGAGUUUGGAUAUGUCGGCGGGUGAUUUACUGAGUCGCACCCAUGAAGAAUUGGUGCUCCUGCUCAUUCAGCUGCGAAGACAGAACAGCGCCACCGCCAGAGCCAUUGAGCAGUGCUGCACGGAUAUCCAUGAAGUUCAGAAUCGCAUUAGAACAUCGGAUGGACAGACGAAGAUGGACAACAUCGCACGAUUGGAUUCGCUGAAGCAGCAACUGAUUGAUCUGGAGAAGCAGUAUGAGAAGAGCAAACCACUGGUGAAUCUGGUUGAUAACAUGGUGAAACUGGGUUCUCUCUAUCGUGGCGCUCCUGUUAAUCGUCAUCCUGGGAAUGAGUCUGUCACCCUGGACAGGCUGGAGUUCAAUCAACGUGUCCAGGAAAGACGACUACUGCAGGAGGAACGAAGACACUGGGAUAGACUGAGUCCAAAUCAUUCAGAACUGCAGACGAAAGUCCAGCAACUUUACCAGCUUGAUCAGCUCCUCCAGGAGGAGUCAGGCACGCUGCAGAGUCUGCAGAGAGACAAGGAGGAUCUAGAGCGUGCUCUGGGCGGACUGAGAGCGAGACUGCAGAAUGGUGUAGGUCCUCCGAUCGCCAUUGAAGCAGCCAGGAAGCAACAGCACGCUCUGGAGCGCGAACUGUCGCGCGUUCAUCAGCUUUUAGCUGAAAAUUCCAAGAAGCUUGAACAGACUGUGGCUGGAAAUGCUCGAUUGGAGCAGGAAUUGCUGGUGCUGAGGCAGAAAUUGCAAGCUUCUCGAGAUUCGCGUGGGUCUCAGACGGCUCUUAGUGCUGGAAGUGGCAGCAAUGGUGGAGCUCCGGACAGUAUUUCAUAUACUGGAGGAGCAACGGCAGUUCUAGAGUCUGAUAUUCUAGAGCUGAGGCGCGUGCAGCAGCUGGUUGGGGACAUGCAGAGACAGCGACAGGAGUUGAGUCAGGCGGUGAGACAGCUGACGGAGAAUUCCAAUUCGCUCUAUCAGCAAAUUCGUCCGGGUGAUCAUCCGGGUGGCUCAAAGAAACGCCCACAGAACAGUUCGUGGAUGGAAACUGAUCUGGACUCAAUGAUCAGCUCAGAUCACUCAACAAUCCAGAUGCCACCAAUUGAGCAUGUCUCGACGAAUCCAUUCCUCAACCACAAUUUGUACAUUGACACAAAUUCGACUGGACAGAAGCAGGGUGAGAGUGAGUUGAAGGGAUCCAAGAUCUUCCAGAAUCACGAAUCAUCGGAUGGCAUUGAGUCCAGUGGCAUGGAGAGUGAUGAUGUGCUGGAGGGAAAUCAUAUGAAUGGAUUUUCCAUGCAAGACAAGCAAGAGAUCAAAACGGUGCGCAUUGUGAAGAGGGAAAGUGAGAGGCGACAGCGUGAUCGUGAACGCACAAAUUCAUCUAGUCAGAAUCUCGAUCAGGUGCUGGAGGAGGAGACUCACCUUCCGGAGGACUUUCUCAACUUUGCCCGGAGCAAAUCACUGCCCAGAGGAUAUCCAGACGCGGCAUAUGAUCCGUUUAAGGACCCUUUCAAGGGUGGCGAGAGUCUCAAGUCGCCACGUGUGACCAGCAAAGGCAACACAAUUUACACCGCUGGACCGACAAUUCCCGGAAACACCAGCAAAUACUCAGAUUUUUACAAUCACGCACCGAUCUCAAAUCACUAUCCUGUGUCCAUGACGGAGAGAAUUGACGAUCCCAUGAAGAACUACAAGGCCACGUAUGGAAGUACAGGAGAAUUGUCUGGACUGAAGAACAAAACUGAGUCCAUUCAGAGCCUGACCAAGUCCAUCGGUGAGCUGAGUCCGGUGUUCCAGAGCGAAGCGGCCAGGCAGAUCAUCUAUGAGAUGUCCGGCAGUGCUUCGGAGGAGAAUGGCGAGAAAGUUCCGCUGGCCAGCAAGCACAGGAGAGCCGUGCCGAAGGAGAAGAGAAGACACAACACAGCGCCCAGCAAUGUUAUCGUCAAGACAAUGCAACAAAUCCAGUCGGAGAACGACAUGAAUCGCAAUAACACUAAUUGGCGAGCUCGCGAUGAUCUUGACAUGGAAGUCGCUCUGCGACCACGAAGCAAUGCGCCUGAUGUUGUGCGUUCGGCUCUUGGACCGCGCGAGAAGAUCUCAGAGAACACCAUUGAUAAGCUGUUGGCGGCGCCAAGUAAAAUUCUCAUCCCUGAGCGCUACAUUCCCGAACAGCCACCAGAAUUGUCGCCUGAGGAGAAGAAGAGGCGCCAAGAGAAGGUGGAAGCCAUCAAGAAGAUGCUUUCAGAAGCUCCCAUCAAUCCAUCAAAUGACAACGUGUCCGCUCCUCCGAGUCAGAUAAGUGCUGAGAAGAAGCAACGCGAGCAUUUGCUGCAAUUGAACCAGAUUCUGGCACAGCAAGUGAUGCAGAUGAGCAAAAUCGUUGCGGAGAAAGCCAUGGCCACGUUACCAUCGAAAGUAGCUGAAUUCACGAAGGAUAUUCCUGAGGAUGACCAACCAUCUCCACCAGAGCCACUGCCAUUGUAUCAACAACGGGACAAUUAUUUCACUUAAUUGAUAUAAUAAGAGGAAAACCAACAACAUUUCUACGAGACUUUUAUUGUUAUUUACUUAGAAGACGACAUACAAAACGAAUUUACAAGAAAGGAAAUAUUUAGUCGAACACUUUUUACCUUAUAACUUUGACAGAAAGACACAAAUUUCCAAAACAUGAAAUGCAAGAAAAAAAAACUCUUAAAAAUAACAGCCAGGAACAAGGAAUAUUUAUAUAGGAUUAAGAGAAUGACAAUUGUGACAAUUUAUUAAACUAUCCAAAUCUCGUGCAAAUUUACUAUGGUUGAAAGCCUUUAUCAGUUUUUUGCUUCGUAUACUUAAAUAUUUGAUAAAUAAUCUCCAUUGAAACAUGAUUUUUACCAUUUGAUAUUCCUUCAGAAAUCUCUCUGAACUUUUAUUAAAUAUUUGAUUUUGAGUGAGAAAAUAAAUAUGAUUCUCCGUCCAAUUGUAGUAAUUGAAAUUAUAAGUUUUCUCCACGAAAAAAAAACCUUUCUAAAAAAAACAAUUACCAGUUUUUUCCUUAUUGAACAGAGCUUUUGCUUUGAUAGCAGCUUAGAAGAGAGUGUAUUUAGAGAUAUCCUCUCUUGUGCAAUUGAAUGGUGCUUAAUCUGUCUAGAAGUGGAGGAUUAAGCACUCGAAAAGGAUUUUACGAGGAUAAUCGGAAUAUUUAGAGAUGAAAGUAUGGCAAGAAAAAAGAAAUUCCCCUCUUUCCCAGCAUAUCAACUUAUACAUAAUCUUAUCGUAUAGUGAAAAGAAUAUACAGCUUUACAAAAUUACGAUACAACUUAAGUGAGAGUGAGAAGAAGGAGAAAAAAUGUUAUUGGACAAAAAUAUUUAUCAAUCUCGAUAAGGCUAUUGAAGGUAGAAAUAUAAAAUCCAAGAGCUCAAUGUUGAAAAAUACGGCAGAAUUGAUUGAACAUUUGUGUACACAUCAGACUGAAUAAUUCUCCACACAUCUUUAAAACUUCUUAAUCACAAAUCCUGUAUUGAAUGAUUCUGUCACGCGAGCUUUCGAAGAAGAGCGUUUGGAGUUCUUUUUGGCUUGGAUUAGGCAAUUGAUGGCAUUGUAGACAUAUUAUUUCGGUGCUACUGUUACAAAGACAUCAAUUCGAAGAGAAAAGUGUGAAGAAAAUGUAGUUUUUUUCCUCCUCAUUUUUUGAAUAU